AUGGAUGAUUGUUUACGGUCGGUAACGCUGCCUAGCUUGAGAUUCCGCAACAAACGAAUGUGCCAGGAGCAAGUUAAAUCGCGUACAAAAUCGUUGUACGAAGAUACCACAAAUAUUGGUGUUCGCAUGCUUGCCAAACUGGGAUGGUCGGAGGGUAAAGGACUUGGUAAACUUGAAGAUGGAAUACAGGAUCCUAUCCAGCUUAAACAAAAUCGAGAAUCCAAAGGAAUGGGUUUUAUUGGCAAGCUGGAUGAUGAAUGGACUCAGCACGAUGCACAAUUUAACGCGCUGCUCAACCGGUUAAACGGAGUGGAAGGAGACGUUUCGACCGAAAGUAAUGUCGAACUCGAUCCUAAGGCUAAUUUGCAAUCUCUUGAGGAACAUUCGAAGAAAUCGCGUGCCAGAGUACAUUACAAAAAGUUCACACGUGGCAAGGACUUGAGCCAAGUGAACGACAAGGAUCUGGCAAAUAUCUUCGGAAAACGUUCCCUUGCGGAGGUAAACAAAGCCCCUGAGGCUACGGAAGAAGACGCUUCCCGGGCUGAAAGCGAGGAGGAAAUAGAACCCGAGAGGCCCAUUAUGGGUUUAUCAACGAUCAAAUCCAACUUAUCGUACCAAGAAUAUUUUAAGCAAAAAAUGGUGCAAAAACAAUCCACUGCUGAGCCAGCAUCAGAAGAACCGUGCCUAUCAGAUUUGGGAAAAGCAAAAAAGAAGAAAAGCAAAAAGAAUCGCUCGGAAGUUGGAGUUGAGGAUCACUCAAUGUCACCAGAAGCGGUCAGCAGGGCGGAAGGCGAAGCAGAAGAACAGCCUGAGAGACCAAUUAUGGGUUUGACAACGAUUAAGUCAAACUUAUCGUACCAAGAAUAUUUUAAGCAAAAAAUGAUGCAAAAACAAUCGACGUCUGAGCCAGCUUCGGAAGAACCGUGUUUAUCAGAUUCGGGAAAAUCGAAAAAGAAGAAAAGCAAAAAGGAUCGCACAGAAAUUGAACAGGAAUGUCAGCCGAUGUCAGCAGAGGAGGUAUCUGCUGCAGAGAUAAAGCCCAAGAAAGCAAAACGGAAAAGGCAGGAGGUGGUCGAAACAGAGGAAACCAACUCCAUGGAGGCGAUGGAAGCAGAAUCAUUGGAGGUUCCCAAGAAAAAGAAAAAAUCUAAAAAACAGGAUCCCGAAAAUGAGGUGAGCGUUUCUGUUGAAGAUGUAGAAGUACUGCAAGACGAUUUAGCUGUGGUAGAGAACGGAAUAACAGAGAAGCUUAGGAAGAAGAAAAACUCGAAAAAGAACAAGCAAGAUUUAGAAGAAGAAAUAGUCGAUGAAAUGGUGCCAAAUGACUCUCACGUAGAUGUUACAAACGAGAUGAAUGAGGUAGCCUCAGUAAGCAAGAAGUCUAAAAAAUCUAAAAAGAAUAAAGGGGAAAAAUCCAGCUCUGAAGUUGAGACCAACUCAAACAGCGAUGCCCAGCAGGGCAAGGACGAAUGCCACGAAACAGACGGUAAGGAUAAUACAGCAGAUACACUACCACAAGCCGACUCGGCCGAAUGCCUAGAGGCAGAGGAACCGACGUGUAAGCUUGACUGAGGAUGUGAAGCUUGUUAUCAACAAUUGUGGUCGAAUGACAGGAUUGCGAGACAAAAAGGAGCAAAACCAUAAAACUUUUAGAAAGCCACGGAUAGGACAAUAAAAG